AGCACUCUUUCCAGUUCCGUACCCAUGUGUGAUUCCGGCCUGAGGCCUCAAGUUUGGUGGGUGCCUUGGGCUUAACGGGGAAAGAGAGAGGCACUGAGGUACCUACGUAAGGUACCUACUUCGUGUCUAGGGUACCUUACUUUCUACCCUGUAGUCUUGGGAGAGUGAGGCAAAGAGGGAAGGGAAGAAGACAUGGUCCAGGUACGGAAUUCAUGUACCGGUACAGGAUUUGCAUGUAUCCCGAAGGCCCAUCUCAAGCGGCCGUUUCCUGUUCCUGACUCGCUGAGAACCCAUGUCUUUCCAUGUCUUCCAAAAGGGCUCCAUAUGUGUCUGUCCUUGUGCUUGAUCCCGCUUUUCUUUGCGAUGGGCUUCCAGUAACAGAUGCUCACUGUUGUUGUCGCCGACUUCUCGAAAGUCGGUUUCUGCGAUCAGACGCCAGGGAGCUUGUCCUGGGUACCUUGAGCUAUCCAUCAGUCUGCUGCUCUAGCUUCUCUGCUUGGGGCUUGGGGCCAUUGGACAUGCCACCCCGGAUCACAAGUCGAGUCUGCGGCGACGUCUGAGGCUACCAGUAUCCGUACCUAGACUCACUACCUUACCUUACCUUACGGUCGACCAUCAACACACACCCACCCUCGAGAGAGAUUCCCCAUUUACACCUCUGACCUCACCUCUUAAUCCGCGUCGAUCACCGCGGGGCUAGUUCUUCUCAAUCUUCGAACCGUUUACCUCGCCCUUCCUCCGUACCACACUGGCAUCCAUCCGUACCUUACCUUACCUUCCUCCCCUUGGCUCACCAAACUCGCUCUCUCCUCUCCGUCUCGGUAGACGGUCAUCCCCCCCAGUUCUUCUUCACCGUUCCCGAUUCCCAACCCGUGCAAAGGAAGACGACGAAAAAAAAAAAAGACUUUGCCGGCUUGGUCACUUUCUCCCAAACCUAACCCCCUUCUUCGAUCAAACAAACUUGGUCCAGUCUUCAUCACUCCCACCAAAGACGCGCCCUACUUUCCUCCACCAGACCAGACCAUCUAUCCGUUGUCUUCCCCGUCGUUCAUGCGGCUGCGAACCGCCGAGCCGGCUCAGAAAAACGCAUUCUCAUAAAGUACGUAUUCUUUCCAGAGCGCACAUCCCAUUCCAUCUGAAUCCCGAAGCCCCUCUUUGCUUGGUCUGGUACUUGCCGUUGUCCCACACCCCAAAAGCUCGGUCUCCUUCAAUGUCAUCGAGAUCCGUCCUCCAUAUUGCAGCCACCAACUUGGUAUAUCCACGCCAUGCGUGCCACACGCCUUCCUCUUCUGCAAUUACUUAUCAUCAACGCCCCAAGCAGACGUAGAACUCGCCCAGCAAACGAAUACUUCGGAAUUACUUCAACAACAUCGCUCUUGGAUCGAUCUGCGCAGUAUCGAAGCCGACGAGAAAACGAUCAUUGCCGACCGACACUCAGUAUUCGAUACAGGCGCCGCCUGUCGCUGCCCAUCCGCCGCGACUUGAUUGAGAAGAAAGCCUUCGAUGAUUAUUGGUUGACCGCCACGCAAAAGGAAGUGUUUCGACUUCGAGCGACGGAAAUCGAGACGUAGCGAAUCGAAUCGACGACUGAAUGAAAGAGUUUGGGUUUAGAGAGGGAUUUGAACGAAAAGCGGCAAACAGUGAAAGCCAAUUCUUUGGAGAUCACUUUCGACGUAGAAGAAGUUCGCAAACCAUCGCACUGCCGUCCCGUAACAACAGCACUUUCGAGUUGACGUAACUUGAUAUACGCCACUCAGAUAAACCAUGGCGCAAGGACUGGAUGGAAUCUUUGCAGAGCUAGGCAUCUCGCAGUACCUAGACAUCUUUCUCGAGCAAGGAUUCGAUACGUGGGAGACGAUUUUGGACAUUACUGAGUCUGACCUCGACGCACUUGGAGUCAAGUUAGGACACCGACGUAAAUUGCAGAGACGCAUCGCCAACUCUCGUGGUCUUGCCCCGGAUGCAUCACUAGUUUCGCCCGCAAGAGCAAACGCAGAAGAGCCAAAGCCCGAGACACAACGACCUGAUCAACCCCGCCUCGAGGUCAAGGAGGGACCCGUCGCUACGAAACGAAAGUAUAGGCGUCACCCCAAGCCUGAUGAAAAUGCCCCCGAGAGACCUCCUUCGGCCUAUGUCCUUUUUUCAAACAAGAUGCGUGAUGACCUCAAAGGUCGGAACUUGACAUUUACCGAGAUAGCCAAGCUUGUGGGAGAGCACUGGCAAAACUUAACUCCCGGCGAGAAGGAGCCAUACGAAACUUCCGCAUUGAAAGCCAAGGAGAAAUACAACCACGACUUGGCUGAGUAUAAGAAGACAACAGAGUAUAGGAAAUACAACCUGUACUUACAAGAUUUCAAGGCACGGCAAGCCUCCGCAAAUCAAGGUGCGUGGAGGUUUGUCGCCUCGAGUGGCCGCCAAGCUGACCCUGAUCCAGCAAAAGAGUCGUCGAAACGUCAGAAGCUUGAUUCGGGGGUUCGUCUGCAAAACGGAGGAAGCGCAAGUGCCACACCUGGAAGCCUCAGUAGCACAGGGAGUGGAACAGAGAGUCACCAGGGAAGCGAACCUCCUCCUAAUCGCAAACAGCGUGUGGGUUCCGUGGUGUCGGUAUCUGAAUCGCAAUAUUCGACGGCCGUGCCGACCCCAAUUUCCCACCAUCAUCAUCCCAACGAUGAUUCGGUACACUCCCCUGCCAGUGUACAAUUCGAUCGCGAGAGCUUGCACUCCACAAGUCCCCGUACCUCACAGACUCGGAACCACCGCCCAGCAUGGACGGAAGCCCCAGCCAAACCAGAGCCAGUCACACUUCCGCAUCUUCCUUCCCUCUCGGAUGUGUUCAACAAUGGACGAGGAUUGAACGGGGUUUCGAGGUCUCCUGAGGCAAAUGGCUUUGGGGGCUUCGCGCCUCCGACACACCCUGGUCCCUCCGCACCGCCAGCAUUGAAGCAUGAAUAUUCUUCCGCGGGAAGCAUCUCAUCCUCUGGAUCUGGACUGUCGUAUCCCCGAACACCUAGUGAAUCUUCGCUACCGAUUCACGCCUUAUUGUCGAACAAGACCUUGCCGGGUCCUCCUUUCGAGUUGCAACCAUCACCGUUCUCGACGGUGCCGCCUUCUGGAUCACAGCCGCUCCAGGAUUCAAAGUUGCCCUAUGCGGGGCAGCCUCAAGCUCCGAUGGGAGCGACGAAUGGUACUCACGGUCAAACCAAGCAAGGCUUUCCGCAGAGGCUAAUGAGGUUACAAGGUUACCAAUCACCACCUGCCUUAUUGAGAUACCAGUCCACCUCGUCAACGGGGACUGAUGGAUCGAACGUGUCGCAAGCAUCAUCGGGUGCUUCUUCUGCAACGUCGCUCGGUAUUCAGGAGAGGAGCGAUCCGAAGCUCGACGGCAUGAGCGCGUUGGUGCGGGCGGGUGAGAUCGUGAACCGUCGGAUCCAAUAAGAGGAUGCGAGUUUUGACGUAUGGUCGGCAACGAUCGUUCUCCUUCCACUCUAUGGAUUUGCAAACUGUUGACGUCGGUCUCGAGUACAAUUCUCGUGCGUUUGAUCGUUGUUUUAUUCGGUUGUUUGUUUCGUCGUCGUUGAUGGCAUCAGCGUUUCGCUCAAGUCCAGCCCGGUUGGCUGAGGUCGGUCUGUUUGAUUACUUGAAUACCCUCAUGGAUUGGCAUCUUUUGGAAAUCUUGUUCGAGGUGGCGCAACUGGGUAGUCAUGGCGUUUUUUUUGUCCCGUUGGACGUGGCAUUUGUUUGUCGUCCAAAUGGCGUUGUAAGCUGCGUCGCAUGGCCAGACGAUGGGUAACUUUUGGAUAUAGGGUGUUGAUGGAUACUGCAUGAUACAAAAGCUCUCUGGUCGCUCGAGGAACCAAAAAACUAUAUAAACUGUAUGAACAACGGCAUGCAGUCUCAAUUGAACAAAUUUAUUACGAUGAGUUUAUGGAUAAAUGAAGAGAGAAAUCGGAAUGUAGGGGUUCAAGAGGGAAAACAUAGCAGAGCAAGGUCGGGAGGUUAUGACGUCAACCAAAAUAGGACCCUUCCUCCGCGGUCCUGCCUCGCGUUUCUGACGGGAUCAUCACGGGCGUUACCCUUUCCUGAGGGGAAGAUGGUCAGGAACAAGCCAAUACUUUUCUGCCGAACGGCCGUUGGCACUAAGGUACUGCGUAGGGUAAGGUAGGCAAAAUGAAGGGUCUUGCUCCAAUCUGAGGGCGCCUGCAUGGUUGAGCACCGUCAUGUUGACCACUCAUUGGCGGUGUUGGCACAAAGUACCCUGAGCGCACCGGCCAACGUCAUAAUUCUGUCAGGAUUUCGGGGUCCUGGCCUGAUUUUCGAUUUUUC